CCACUGUCUGGAAGAAAAAAGAACAGAGUCAGUCGAUGUCGAAUAAGCUUUCGUUUUCAAAAUAUAUUUGAAUGGCAUUAAUGCAACAAAACAUUUUAGAUUCAUGUACGAAAACGCUGAACUACAUGAAAAAACGAUUUACAUAGGUAUGGAAGACAAUUUCUUUCAUGUAAAACUGACGCGCACCUGUCCAUGCGAUAAGUCUACAGAAACCAAGAACAUAUCUUUUCAUUGUAACGACCGGCUAAUAAGCGAAGGAGUAAAUAUAUUGUUGAUGCGGUAUUUAGCGCUUAUAAAUUAUGAUGGAACGUUAUCGUUUGAGAGUAUUACUAUAGAUGGAGAUCUUGCUGCCUCUAGUUAUGUAAGAAAAUAUUAAAUAUUUCCUACUUUCUAAUGAAUUCAAGUAAAAAACGAUUUUCUUUUACAGGUAUGUACUAGAGCUGAACGCAUGGAAAUAGAUGAUCAUUUCUUAAGCGUUUAUACAAUAGAGCGGAAAAUACACAACAAAGAUGGAACUGUUCGUGUUAUAAGAACUUAUUUAACUACCCAAGGUAGAAUACUUCGACAUAAUUGGAUGGAUGUGCCUUAUAUCUUAAAAAUUAAUCCAUUAGUCGACCCAGCUGCCACAACUAAAAUCAUACGGGUAGAAACACCAUUGAAAGAUUGCUGGUUAGAAGACAUUGAAAUGGUUUCUAAAUAUUUGGAUAUGAAAUUCUCUAAAAUGGCUGAACAAGUAGAAUAUCUAACCGACCAUCCAGAAAUAAAACAAUUGAUGGCAGAUUAUACUCAAAUGCUAUUAGUUGUUAAGCCUGAAAAUGUAAUAGACUUUACGAUACAACAUUUUAAAGCCUUUGCCGCAGAUCCGAUAACUUGGGAGACCAAUAUACUGGAAAGGAAUUAUGAUGUUGAUAUAAAAUCAGAGCUUAUAAAGGAAACAUCUGAUGUUACAUGCGAUAUUUGUGGCUUUCGCAUAAACAGUAACAUGUUAAAUGAAACUUUAUCAAAGUCUUCUGCGCAGGAAUGUUUCGACAUAACUAAUUCCUACGAUUCUACAGAGUCUGGUGAUUCGAAAAAUUGUAAUGACACGUCACUCGAUAAAGAAUGAAAACAUGAUGCAUUCGCUUCAUAUACGUCUACAAGCGAUAUGGAAAAGAAACAUAUUAUGUCUCAUGAUCUUUUACAGUCGAAAGGAACUUGCAAUCAAUGUCAUGCUCUUACAAGAGCUUUCUAUAAACAUCCAUUAAAUCUUAUCUCUCUCACCGCUACAAUUUUAUGUUGUAUUUAUAAAAAAUCACACAACUAUUUAAUUCUAGCUUUCAUCAAAGUGUCCUGCAUGCUUCAAAGUUUUCAGUACACGUACAAAAUGUUUUACCAUUUAUACAAUAUAAAAAUUAUGUAAAUGGAAUAUAUAUAAAGAUUACGUAUAAAAGUUUAAUAAAGGUCUUUAAA